ACAAAUCAUUAUAUUUGAUCCUAGUCAAAAGUCCGAUAUAGAUAUAUCCUUUUACCAACAAUUGUUUAGAAAGUACAAAUUAUGAUAAAGAGUCUAAAUUACAAAUUUAGUAUAGUGAAAUGGGGAAAUUCAGAGUUAUGGUUUUACAUAUAUUGGCUCACAUGCCCUCGCCCAGCCUUUAUGCGUUGGUGCUUUUGAAUUCACACCCUUGCCUGACUUGAAACUUGAGCAUGCCCCUAUUCCUCCACAAAGGAGGCUAUCAAUUUCACCUCAUCUCUCGGAGUUCUCUUCAAUCCCUCCGAAGAUACAGCCAGAAAAGCAAAACCAUUAAAUCCCACAUCACAGCAGGAAGAAACAAACAGAAAUGGCCAGACAGCAACAGGGUCUAGUUAAGGCCGUAAAAGCUGACUUUGCAAAAAUACCAGAGGAAGAAAUAGGCAUCGGGGCAAGGCUACUAUCUGUGGAAAGUUCACUCAAAGAGCUGAAGAGUGUGAUUUGGGAUUUAAAAGCAAAGGCAGGUUUGGUUGAUGACUUGGUGAACCUGGUCAUUAAAGCAGUAAUUGAUACGGAUCUCAACCAUAUUGACCAGCCAACCAUGGCCUUGAUGGACGAAGCUACAAAGGCCUUCACUGAAGUGCCGAACGAGGCUCAAUCUCGCGGGAGCCGCCGCACUGCUGCCAGAAAUGACGGAAGGCAUCAGGGCAGUUCUAGGGACAUUGCAAGAGAGGAAAUAGGCAUCGAGGUGAGGCUACUAUCUGUGGAGAGUUCACUCGAAGAGCUGAAGAGAAUGAUUUGGGAUUUAAAAGCAAAGGCAAAACUGGUUGAUGACUUGGUGAAACUGGUCAUUAAAGCAGUAAUUGAUAAUGAUUUCAACAUUGAACAGGCAACCAUGGUCAUGAUAGACGAAGGUACAGGGGCCUUCACCGAAGCGCUGAACGAGAGCCACCCUGUUGUUGGCGGAAGUGGUGGAGGUCAUGAGGACAGUUCUAGCAAGCACAAUUAAUAUUGUGAUACUUUGUUUUGGUUUUACGUUUUCUGAAGUUUGUGAAAAAAUCGAAGUCCCUUAAUGAAAUCAUAUUUAAGAAUAUCUAAUAA